GACCCAGGCCAAAAUUCCAUCUCCGGGCCGUCAAGUCGCACUCGGGGGACGGGACGUGGAGGAGCCACUCCUGCUAGGGUUCCGGAGAAACAUUUUUCUCACGCUUACCGCUGCGGUUGUUUCCGCCCCCGGCAAUUCUUCCACAGAAGGCUUGAAGUCAUGGCAGGUCCUGGCAGAUCCAUGGUGUAUUCGCUACUUCUAUUCGCCACUAUUCUCUCACUUCUUGAAAUGUAUAGAGGGAAGUUGGCAUCUUCUGAGUUGCUGACGAUUUUUGGUGGCUUUAUCAGCUCCCUUUUAUUUCUUGUGCUGCUAACAUUCAUCGGGAAUUAUCAAGAGUCGAGUGGGAUGAAAACAGGAUGGGGUGCUGUUGUACUGGCAGAAAUUGUUGCUCUUAUUGCUGCUAGCACAGUUCAUCGUGUCUGUGUUACAACAUGGUGGACAGCGCUGUGGAUUGGGUUGCAUCCUUUGUUGCCGAGCAUACCGGAGAUUGAACCUGGCAUCAAGACGAUGACUGCCUUCAUGCUCUGUGAGAUAUUUUGUAUUUUGAUUUCCUGGGCUGUACUCACACUAGAACGGUGUGAUGGGCCGCUUGUACCAAAAAAAAAAAAGAGAUCAAGUUUGCAGAACAGAUUUUUGGAGUACGAGUCCUUAAUCAUCAUCUUUUUUUACAAAUUUGAUAGUGACUGAUCCACAAGCCACAUGGCAAGGUUCUGAUAUUUUAUUAUCUAUCUUGUCUAUUUUUCUUUCUUGUCAUCUUAAGCUAACCAAAUGUAGGGGCAGUUCUGACCUUUAUAGAGAUUGUAGCAGGUCAUGUCUUUCUCACUCAUUUUUUUCUUGUGAAAACAACCAUGUAUGACUUUAUCGUGCUAUAGCAAUGAAUUGCAUUUUCAGAUCAGCUGACCCAGCUAAAUGACAAGUUGUGACAGCAACUC